AAGGCACUAAUGGAUAUAUCAUGCAGAUAUGACUGUUAGGACAUAAGUGUGAUAGUAUAUACAUUAGUGCCUUACACCUGUUGGUUCAGGGGAAGGGUUUGCACCAGUUUCCCCACCAAAAAAAAAAUAAUAAAUAAAUAAAAAAAAACUAUUAGCUAAAAACAAAUUAAGAGGUAGAGGUCAGGGUUGCAGUGUGAACCUUGAUCUUGAUCCUGUCUUGCUGGGGGGCCCGAAAGCACAGCAGACCUCUAGGCAUCUGCAUCAAGUGGUGACAGGAGCAGGAGCAAAGCCUGCGGGACUCCACCCACACCUGCACCCAUCUUACCCCCACACCUUCGUCCACACCUGGAUCCACCUAUCAUCCACACCUGCAGGCCCAGCGUUACCAGAUUAUUGUCCUCAGUACUAUACAAGGUAUUUAUUGGUUUCUUAUAAAUAACUAUCGUAAAAAACAUCAGUAAUUAACGAUUUUAACAGUAAAUUUAUCGUUAUAUGUGAUUGAUUGAUUGAUAGUUUAUUGUUGCAAGUAAACAACAAAGAAGAAGGGAGGAGCAUGCCAUCCCAACCCCCAGGCAGUACAGAGUGUACGUGAUUAUACAACUAAGGAUACAUGUGGAAGGUAGCACCAGGAAACUAAAAAGAUACAAUGGUAGAGGACAAGUGCUAAAAAAAUAAUAUAUAUGUGCAGAUGCGACAGUUUUGGGGAUCCGGAACAGAUAAAUGCAAUAUUCUGAAUACAAUAAUUUGGUAACGGGGCGGCAGAACAACCACGCAGAUAGAAGUUCAAUUUGUAAUGAAACGAAGGGACGAGAGCCACGUAUUGUCUCUUAAGCACCAAAGAAAUAGAGCGAGCCUGGCAACUAAUGCACGAGGGAGGGUGGUGCAGCAUCCACUGGGGCAAGAUCAAGGUCAGGGUUGUAUCGUGUGGGAGGGUUCGAGGUGGAUAUAGGAGAGUAAGUCGGGUGGUUCCGCCGCGCCCAUCCCUCCCACCCUGUUGCUUGGCUGUCUACCGCUCAUCCACGUGACCCGCUAUCAGUCAGUCUCCCGGCAGAGGAAGGCAGGAGUGAGCAGAAGCAGCCAGAAGUGAUCGGAGGAGGCCGGGAGUAAGCCGAGGAAGCAGGGAGUGAACAGAGGAAGCCGGGAGUGAACAGAGGAAGCCGGGAGUGAACAGAGGAAGCAGGGAGUGAACAGAGGAAGCCGGGAGUGAACAGAGGAAGCAGGGAGUGAACAGAGGAAGCAGGGAGUGAACAGAGGAAGCCGGGAGUGAACAGAGGAAGCCGGGAGUGAACAGAGGAAGCAGGGAGUGAACAGAGGAAGCAGAGAGUGAACAGAGGAAGGCGGGAGUGAACAGAGGAAGCAGGGAGUGAACAGAGGAAGCAGGGAGUGAACAGAGGAAGCCGGGAGUGAACAGAGGAAGCCGGGAGUGAACAGAAAGUUUCGUUUAGUCGGCGCAACAUCUGUGGUCAUAUGCCGGGGGAGUGAACAGAGGAAGCCAUCGUCACUCCUACACGUGAGGGCAUCAUGAAGGGGUGCCGCAGACGGUGGGAGUUCACGGAGCAAUCCACGGUGGAGGAAAGAAGCCACCUAGCGCGCAUUAUGAAACGCCGACAACCAGGCAACGUGCUACUCGUGGUGGGACGCGCCGCAAGGUGCCGCGUGGGGACACACCAGGAGCUGCGCCUCAGCGUGCCCAACAACAUGACCCUCGGCCAGCUGUGCCGCACCCUCAGGGACCGCCUGGAGGUGAGCCCCGCACACUCCCUCGUCUACUACGUCGGGAGCACCGUGGCGGCUCCCGGCACCUGCCUCGCCACGCUGUACCGCCAGCACGCGCACGUCGACGGCUUCCUCUACGUCACCUUCUCCGAGGAAAUCGCUCUCGGCUGACGGGACGCGACGCGCCGGCCGCCACCCAUUGCUAUCACUGAUAUUACGCUUGACUCAUGUAGCUUAUAUUGUACAUAUAAAUCAUUUUACUCAGUUUGCUGUUACUGAUCUGUUUAUUUAUCUCUGACAUUACGUUGGACUCAUGUAGCAUAUUUUUUUACAUGAAUAAAUCAUUUUACACAGUUUGUUGUAACUGAUUCGUCUAUUUAACACAAGUCACCGCCAAAACAUAAUUACUUGAAAUAUCGCUUUCAGGAAACGUCAUAUCGGGGAUUAAAAUUUAAUUUCUAUGUGCACACACACACACACACACACACGCACACACACACACACACACUUAUCGGCUUUGGUCACCUCAGGUCAGGUCACGAAGGUCGCCUGGGAAGGGUAACGGUUGUCACUUCGCCCCAACACAGCAGCCGGCACGUGUUCCUCCCGGCGUACGGAGAAUGAGAAUCCAAAGCUUACGAGCGAGGGAAAUGAUGACCCGAAUCAGUCUACAAUGGGAAAAAAUCUGCAGACGAACUAAGGAAACCACCUCUUCCCCCUGCCACACCCCU